AUGGCGACGCCGAGUCUGGACCAGCUCGUGAAAGGCUCUCCAGCCCCCAGUAAUCGUUUACGCUCUUUAUCAGCUCCGUCUGCAGAACCAUUUACGCCCAGCCAAGAGACCUACCCCUCGGGCUCGCCUGAUUCAAUGACACCCUCGCCGUCGUCCACCACCGAUCCCCUCUCGACUCUACCCUCCUCUCCCCCUCAGAUAUAUUUGAAUCUUCUCAUACUCGAAAACUCGCUAAGAUCCCAGUACCUGGCGCUGCGGGAACGCCGGCGACAGAACACGUUUUUCCUACUCUUGCUUGCAGCAUGGAUUACAUACUUUGGCUAUGCACUGUUCCUGCGUCCACGUGAAGACGGACGCGGAGUUGGAGGAUCGGUAUACUGGGUUGUCGAGAUGUGGGAACGGGUUGCGCUACUUGGAGGUGUGGUAACAGCACUCCUUGUUUGGGGCACUGGUCAAUGGGAGCGUGGCAUCCGAUGGCCCCGACGAUGGCUUGCCAUUGCCAAUCGCGGCUUACGAACCAUGAACACCAAGAUCGUGGUAAUUAGGGGUCCCUGGUGGCAGGAAAUGCUCUCGUAUCUCUCUUUUCUGUUUCCAUUCUCUACUCCCUUCUCCCCCUCCGCAGUAGGGGAUUUCCACUACCUCGACCGUCCGUUAUCCGAGAAACGUGGUGGUCGCACUUCCCACCAGUAUUACUACAAUAUUGACCCGGAAUCCGGACUUGUGGAGGAAGACCUCAGCCCAGGCGGCGACCAUAUUCGGCUGCUUUUGCUGCCGAAAUUGUUUUCUCCCGAAUUUCGAGGCAAUUGGGACGACUAUCGCACUGACUUUUGGGACAAGGAAAAUGAACGACGGGCCCAACUUCGCGGGAAACUGCGCCAGAAGGAGCGCCAACUCGCUCAUCUCGAUGGGUCAUGGUUCUGGUGGAUAGGACUUGGAUGGAAGGCGUCGCGACGUCGUCGACUUGCUGCGGCCACUUUACACAGGACUAUUGAAGGUGAUAAGGGUCACCGUCACAGCCAUCAUGUUCACCCAAGCAUUUCCAAGUUAGCCCACGACUCAAAGUCACCCCUUCGACGCUCAUCGCGCUCCGGUUCACAUUCUCGUACGCCGUCGCGCAGCAGUACUCCCGUCGACACAGACGAGCGGCCACCGUCCCGAUCAUCCGCAACAGGCCGUCCCCGCCGAAGCAGCCUUACACCAUCCACUCCAGGCUCAGGACCUGAACAGGGCCAACGUCGGAAGAGGAAUGGGUCGAAGACACUGAAUCGCGGCAUUUCUCCUUUAACUCAAGCGCAGAUCCGGGAGGGUGUACGCACCGCGUCAUUCUCAUCAGAUGACUCCGCUUCUACAAUGGGAUUGUUACCAGACAAAGACAAAAAGAAAGAAGACGGUAUAGAAAGGUGA